ACCACAUGACUCGAUAAUUGGCGGUAAAAAAUAAUCAAGAUGGUGGACACACAGCACUUUUGCCUCCGGUGGAACAACUACCAGAGUAGCAUCACCAGCGCUUUCGAGAACCUUCGAGAUGAUGAAGAUUUUGUAGACGUGACCCUCGCCUGUGAUGGAAAGAGUUUAAAGGCGCAUAGAGUCGUACUAUCAGCAUGCAGCCCAUAUUUCCGAGAGCUGCUCAAGUCAACACCUUGCAAGCACCCAGUGAUUGUGCUACAAGACGUCGCAUUCCCGGACCUACACGCACUAGUAGAGUUCAUCUACCACGGCGAGGUGAACGUGCACCAGCGCAGCCUCUCGUCCUUCCUCAAGACAGCUGAGGUACUCCGCGUAUCCGGCUUGACACAAAAUGAUGAUGCCCAGGGGCCGCUCGUGCAGAGCAUCGCUCGCGCAGCCGCCGCCGCCGCGUCGUCGCCGCACACCCCUCCCCACCCCGCGCACACCCCGCACGCGCCGCACACCCCGCACACCCCGCACACCCCCAGCUACACCGAGAAGCUGGAGGAAGCUCUGCUCCACCCGCCGCCGAUCAUGCGCCGCAUCCCGCUCCCCCCGCGCCGCAUGUCCCGCUCCGCGGACAACUCGCCAGACGUCAUCAAGCGCGCUCGCCACGACAACAACAACGACCAACCGCAGAUACACGACUUCUCGACGAAGAACCACUCGAUGGUGAACAACACUCGCGCCCACAACGAGCAAGGCAACAACGGGAACGGGAUCUCAAACUCCAGCUCGUCCCCCUCCCCGCGGCUGAUGGACGAGGUGAAGAACGAGCCUCUCGACAUGAUCUGCCCUUCGAACCCGGACAUCGACAGGAGUACGGAUGACACACCGCCUCACUCCCAUCACAGACCACUUGGAGGCGGGCCGCCGUCCCGCGCGAGCUCGGCCGAGGCGGACGACCGCACCCCGCCCCCGCAGAUGCCCCCCUCGCCGUUCAUAUCGCCUGCCGACACCAAGCUAUUCGCGCCGCAGCACAACUACAACUACAGCAUGACGGCUCUCACUGAUCCUUCUGCUUUAGCCGGUCUGCCGAGCCCGCUGGCGCCGGACGGCAUGGCGAGCACAUCACAAGUGGGCCCAUUGGGGGCGGGUCACCGAUGCGAGGUGUGCGGCAAGCUGCUGUCCACGCGGCUGACGCUCAAGCGGCACACGGAACAGCAGCACCUGCAGCCGCUGCACUCGGCGCGCUGCAGCCUCUGCCACAAGGUGUUCCGCACGCUCAACUCGCUCAACAACCACAAGAGCAUCUACCACCGACGCCAGCGCGGGCCGCCGCAGCAGCAGCCGCAGAACCUCACCACCGGCGACGCCAAGAUCGCCCCGCCGCAUCCGCCCCACAACGUCGACUUCUACAAGUACAAGGAUCAGUUCAACGUCUAAGACCGAACUGACCGCGAACCUUACGAUUCUCUGUCUCGUUCUUUCGUAUAGAUUUUAUAUUUUCUCGCUCGGCCGCGAGUGCCGACGCGGUUUCGUUUCAUUUACUCGUGUCUUGGAUCUUGUAGCGACGUUGUGCGGCCGCCGCGGACUCGCGCGGUCUGAUGUUAUUCGAUGUUAUUCGAUGUUAUGAAAUUGACAUUCCGAUGUUAUCGACGAGGGAGGGCGAGUUUCGGGUCGAAAUUUUUUAGAGAAUUUAACUUACGCCCGCUAAGUGCAAUACUGCGGUAUGAGUAUUCCUGAAUUUUACACUAUGUUUAAUGUGUGACAAUAAGGCGAAGAGAAAAUUUAAUAUUUUGAGAAAAGAGAAAAAUCUUGGUGCUGUAAAAUUAUAUAUUAGGCUUA